AUGCCGGCCUUGUACCCUCUACCUCCUCCCUGUGCCCCUGUGCCCCCCCCAAGUCAACGCCGCGUUGCGCAAAGAAAAAAGGUGCAAACCACCAUUCCAAACAAAACAUAUCUUGACUGGUCUGCAUUCCCAAAAGCCACACAAGCCAGCACACAUUAUAGCCCGCCUCAACUUGCCACGACAGACCUAGGUACCACCACUGACCCCCUGCAACGGCUCUCACAUGGUCCCUGGCCGCCUCAUCACUGGCUGCCCUCCCCGCCCUCGGACAACUUUUGCCCAAACUACAAACAGCAACAGGUCUCGUGCUUUCUGCCAACUUCAUCCGUCCUGAACCAUCGACACCGACCUCUGCCUCGUUUUGCCACGCUUGGUUUCGAAUUUUCACUUUGCCUCGGCGCCUGUCUCCUGAUUUCGCCUCGCCGUCUCCCUCUACGCAUCUUCACACCCCAAACAACCAUGGCUCCCGCCGCCGUCAGCACCGGCCCCGGCCACGUGCGCUUCAUCCCCUUGACCUACGACCCCGCCGACUCCCAGGCGUCUGCCCUCAGGCUCAUCCACGCCAUUGCGCCGCACUGGGCCGCCCACGACGAACCCGUUGAGUUUGUCCGCUUCACCGACGGCAUCACAAACACGCUCCUCAAGGCUGUCCACCGCCGGCCGGGCCUGUCCGCCGAGGAGGUCGACCGCGAAGCCAUCCUGCUCCGCGCCUACGGCAACGGCACCGACAUCCUCAUUGACCGCGAGCGCGAGGCCGCCAACCACGAGCUGCUCUCAAAGUACAACCUCGCCCCCGCCCUGCUCGCCCGCUUCGCCAACGGCAUGCUCUACCGCUUCAUCCCCGGCGCCGUCGCCCAGCCCAAGGACCUGCCCGACCCCGUCCUCAGCAGGGCCAUUGCCCGCCGGCUGGCGCAGUGGCAUGCCACGGUGCCCUGCCUGCCCGAUGCUAGAAACGCAACGACGAGCAUCGACCUGACGGGCACCAGCAGCAAGGCCAAGAUUGCCAACGCCGCACCCGGAAAGCCGGUCCCGAACCUAUGGUCGACAAUACAGAAAUGGAUCCUCGCUCUGCCCGUCGACACCGAGGCCGAGCGCGAGCGCCAGGGCAAGCUGCAAACAGAGCUGGAACGUCUUGUCAAGCAGCUCAGCCAGCGUCCAGGAUUCGGGCAGAACGGACUUGUAUUCGCGCACUGCGAUCUGCUAUGCGCCAACGUUAUCAUGCAUAAUGACGCCGACAAGCCCUUUUCCGUCAGCUUCAUCGACUACGAGUACGGCACGCCCUCGCCCGCCGCCUUUGACAUUGCCAACCACUUUGCCGAGUGGGCUGGCUACGACUGCGACUAUGCCGUCAUUCCCACACGCAGCCAGCGUCUCGCCUUUGUGCGCGAAUACAUUGAGACCUAUGCUGAGCUCUCGGGCGACGAUCUCGACAUUGAGCGCGAGACGACCAAGAUGAUGCAAGAUGUGGACGACUUUCGCGGCGUGCCUGGCUUCUACUGGGGCAUCUGGUCCUCGAUCCAGGCCACCAUUUCCAAGAUUGACUUUGACUAUGCCUCAUACGCGGAGCUGCGUCUAGGGGAGUACUGGGCGUGCAAGGCCGAGCAGGAUGGCUCUCGCGCGGCGGCGGGCGAAGAGGUUCCCUUGCGCGAGGCAUCGUGGGGGAGCGAGUAA